AUGACAGUGAGAGAGUAUACUAAAUCGAAGUUGCCGUGCUCGAUAUUGAAUAUCACACCCGCAGUCACUAAAAGCGGCGAGGAUGCACCUCUACUAGUAUGGAUUCCUGGUAAUCCUGGACUUUUGUACUACUACCAAGAAAUGUUACAGCAUCUACAUAUGAAGCACCCAGAUUGGGAGAUCCUUGGUAUAUCUCAUGCAGGAAUGACAUUGAACGCUAGUUCUAAUACACCAAUAUUUUCUUUACAAGAUCAAGUAGAUCAUCAGGUAGAGGUAAUUAAUAAUUUCUCACACGAAAACAGAAAAAUCAUUAUCAUGGGACAUUCGGUUGGGGCAUACAUCUUACAAAAAGUAUGCCUUUCUAACAAACUGGUUGGUUCUGUACAGAAAGUCGGCCUCGUUACACCAACUGUGAUGGACAUUCACACCUCGGAGAUGGGUAUCAAAAUGACAGCUGCACUCCAUUAUAUUCCCCCAUUGCCUCAGGUGGUAUCAUUGUUCAGCUAUAUUUUCUUUUACUGGAUUUUAUCAGAAGGAUUUUCAAGAUUUAUUAUCGACAAAUUUAUGGGCUGUGGAAGCACUGGCUAUCAGGCUGUGUUGUCCACAAGAAUAUUUUUGACUCAUAGGCAGUUUGUUCGCCAAUCUCUAGGACUAGCUUCUCAGGAAAUGGAAGAAAUAACUACCAAUUGGGAGUUUCAGGAUAAAUUUAUCAAUUAUUGUGAAAAGAACGGGAUUUCUAUUUGGUUCCUGUUCAGUAGCGACGACCAUUGGGUUUCUGACAAUACAAGAUCGCAUUUAUCGAAUUACUAUAAGGAUAAAGUCAAGCAAGAACGCCUAAAAAUUGAUGUAACUGACAAGAUGCCUCAUUCAUUCGUAGUAAAGCAUACGGAAUAUGCCAUUAAUGCAUUCUUUUAA